AUGAUGCGCUACGUGCUGUGUAUCCUCGCUCUCCUGCUCUCAUGUGCGUGUGUGCACGUCCUCGCUGAAGAAGUGCCUGCCGCCGAUCUUUCCGACCAAGUCCCUGAUACGGAGAGUGAGACGAAGAUUCUUACUCCUACAGAUGGCAAAUGUAGUGAUGGUACUGAACUUACUGACGGUAAAAUUUGCCCUCCUGCCCCUUCUGCGGGUCCACCACCACCUCCUCCUCCUCCACCUCCUCUUCCUGGUGCUAAAGCUGAUUCUUCUGGUCCAUGUCCUGCAGGUCAAACUCCUUCUAAUGAUGAAACUUGUUCUACCUCUCCUGCUGGUGAUGUUGGUCCAUCUUCACAACCUGGUGUUUCUCUUCCACCACCUGUUGGUGGUGGUAAAGAUUGUACUCACGGUAAAACUGAUCCUCCGUGCUCUACUACCGGUAGUGAACAUGAAGAUGCUCGUACUGAUGAUUGUGGGACAUCUUCUGAUAGGGAGAGUUGCCCUAACAAAGAGGGUGACACUCAAGAGCAGUGCCCUCCCGGUUCUGGUAAACUUUGUCCACCAACACCAAAAGCCCAUGUUCCUGAAGAGCCUGGUAGGGGUCCUGGUGAAAUUGGUAACAAUCAGCAAGACCUCAACAGUGAAAAUAGUUUACCUGGUGCUGAUGGUCAUGGUAACGGUGCUCCCGGUAAUAAUGGUGAAACUGGCUCUGCUGUGGGUACUGGUGGUGUUGCUGAUGGUCGUACUUCUCCUUCUGAAGCUACUAUUCCUGCUGCUGCUUCUACUGCAGAGAACAGUGAUGCUCCUUCAGAAAAUCCUCAACAUGCAAACAAUGAAGCAAGUGAAAAUGCACCAUCACCAACUACACCUUCUUCCAGCAGUUCAGCCACAGCAAGUGAUGGUGGUUCAAAUAAUGCAUCAACUGAGAAUGAUAAUACAACUGCAGCGAGUGAUUCAACAGGUAACCCAGAAGGUUCUGCUGAUAAUACAAAUACAACCACCACCACCACCACCACCACCACAACAACAACAACAACAGUUCCUCCUGAACUCACAAACAACAAGAAGGGUGAUGCAGACAGCAGCAGCAGUAUCAGCAGUUCUGUGUGGGUGCGUGUACCACUACUGAUUGUGGUUACACUGGCCUGUAUUCUUGUGUGCUGA